CUUAAUUUAAGAUUUUCACCUAAUCUUCACCUCACUGGUCUAGAUAAUCCACACAAUAAAAUUUAUGCACGGAACCUCCUCUCAUCUCAACGCUCCUUUACAAUAGCUCAACCAUCACCAAACUGUCUUAAGGCAGUUUACGGUUUAAUUCAAUAGGAGGUUAUCAUUCUUUUCCUAUUUUAUGCUCAAAAUCCAAUCAUUUAUCUAACAUGUCAAGCAUGAAUAGUGUGCACAGAUAAUGUCAAAUUUUGCAUCAACAAGUGUCAGUUAGCAUAGUUGCAUCAGAUCCAACGUUUUUACAAUUUAAACUAGUCCAAUUAUAACAUCAUAGCUAGUAAGGUUAUCAAGCCCACACAAGCAUGCAUGAAAAGAAUUAAAGCAAAACUAAAUAAAAUGCAUAGGUAAUUUUUUUUCAUUAUGCACACACUGUGGAAUACAGAUACCGAUGAACACAAAUACUUAGUUAAAAUUAUAAAAUUAUGUCACCUCCCCAAACUUUGUUACUACAUUGUCCUCAAUGUAAAAUUAACAGAAAAUUAAAGAUAGAAUUUUACGGACAACAUAAAAGGGAAAAUCAAAAUGUGGUAAAUAAUACUUCCCUUGAAUCAAAAUGGAUGAGGUGGCGGAAAACUGGGUCCUGCUGUACCAUCAUCUGGCAGAGGAGGGUAUCGUCCAAGGAGCUGCCGCAUCAUCUCACUCAGUUCCCGCAUCAAGGUAGACUGUUGUGUCUGCUCGGCCUAGAUAGCUCUCAUGCUCUCCCAAGUUUCAUUGACCCUCAUUUGGAUACCGUCCACCCGACCAACAUACAUGUUCAGCCGACCAUUCAUGGUAUCAACCUCCCGUCGCAUGACUGUAGCAUGAUCCCUGACAUCUCUAAUAUAGUUCAACGCAAGUGGUGGAGAAUAUCUGUCUUAGCAAUUGAUUAUCCACGUCAGCUUGUGGUGCUGGAGCCCGUGGGUGUUCCUGAUCUGAAGGGAUUUGGCCUUGUUCUACCUGCUGUCUACGUCGCUCAUUUUCUUGCUCUUCUCUGUGUUUUGUCUGAGCGUCAAAUGUAGUUCGUUUGAUCACGAGGCUGGAUU